UUGACGGGCACUGCCAUGACCAGCCAGUCUCAGGGGAUCCACCAGCUCCUUCAGGCAGAGAAAAGAGCCAAGGACAAGCUGGAGGAGGCCAAGAAGAGGAAAGCUAAGCGAAUAAAGCAAGCUAAGGAGGAGGCGAUGGUGGAAAUUGACCAGUACCGGAUGCAGAAGGAUAAGGAGUUUCGAAUGAAGCGAUCCAAGGUGAUGGGCUCCCAGAGCAGCAUCUUGGAAGAAAUGGAGGAGCAGACGCUGCAGAAGAUCAGGGACCUGAAGGGAAGCUACGAGAAGUGUGUGGAGCAUGUGCUCACGCAGGUUCUGGACAUGGUGUGCGACGUGAAACCAGAAACCCACGCCAACUACAGAGCCGCCGACUAAAGGUCUCCCCCAGAAACAGAACCACGCAGGGUGUGAGGACCCUGCUCCCCCCGUCUGGCCCCUGUGCCUGAUCAGAAAUUGCACCAUGGGAAA